AUGGAGGAGUUUCUCGAGGAGAGAGAGCCCUCCCGUGAAUGUCCCCAAAAGUUUUCAUUUGCGAGCGUUUUGUGGACUGAGGAGUUCGGGGAGCAAAUCUCGAGGAAGGACUUCCGAGCUGCCAUGGAGCUCUGCAAGAAGCAGCUGCAAAAAACUCCGGAUAGUCGAUACGUGCUGGACUUGAGGAAGACAGUGGAGGCAUUCCUUGACGCAGCUGAGGAUUUGGAGGCUCACGACCAAGAAGACUUGCAGGAGGAGGAGGAGGAGGAUGCCCUCUGCCUCAGCGAUCUUGUCGAUGAGGCGGCCGCGGCAUGCGACAAAGGCUACGAGGCCAUGUUCCGCUACCUCGGAGACGAGGAGCGACUCUGGGCCCUGGGCGAGCAGGCGGUGGGAAUCUUUUGGGACACCGGCCAGCUGGAGCCCGCAGGACCUCGUCGAGAGCGCCUGCGGUCCAUGGCGGAGCAGCUGACGAAGACUCUGAGCUCUCGGUUGGCCAAGGCCGACGGCCUCGACCGCAGCGAGUGGCUCUUCGAAGGUCUGGGCGAGCUCUGGUUCCACCGGGAACUGGGCUGGGCUCCCGAGCCCUGGUUGCUGGAGGGCUGCCUCGAGGCGUUGCGGCACGCGAACGGCAACAUGGAGGAGUUGGUUGGUCAAAGCUUGGAAGGCUUGAGAACGGCCUCUUGCGGGGAUCUGUGCGAUGUGCUCAUGCAGGUGUGGACGGUGGAGCGAAGCUGUGUUUGCGGCCUGCUCGACGACGCGCCUCAGCUCGGGUACGGCGUCCGUGAGGUUCUCGCUGAGAUCCGCCAGCGGCCUCUCAUCCUUCCCCCCAAGCAGGGCUUUUACCACUGCUUCUACUUGAUGACGCACGUCGUGUACACCCUGAACUGUUUCAACGGCCAUCUGCCCAACCGCCGCAGCGACUGCCCCUGGCUGUAUGCCUACCUGGAGCGCUGUUUGCACUUCUGGAUGACCACAGCCGAGUCCACUGAGACCGGGACGGCAUUGCAAUCAGAGGCGGUUGAUGCCAUCGCAGAGGCAGUCGAUUGCUUGCGUGGACUCAACGAAGAGGGCACACAAGCAACUGUCAGGGCAUGCAGAUGGCUCUUGUCCCGACAGCAGGCGGAUGGCCUCUUCGCAUCGCCGAACUCGAAGAGGCCCACAAGCGAGUACGACCACUUGCAUCCGACCUGGACAGCGGUCGCUGCUUUGCAGCUCCAGCGGCAGGCGCCGGGCCCCAGCCAGCUUUGCCGAGACUGGGCGCGGCAUGCGCGCCAGGCCGCGGAGGAGGCCGGGGAGAAAAUGCUGGGGGCCGGGGGUGCCUUUCUGUUCGCUCAAGCAGCAGAGUUGUGCCGUGAUGGCGGUGACCGGAGAGUUUGGUGGUCGAGGGCCAACAGGAACUACACUGCCUCCGAAUGUUUCUGCAGGGACCCCUCUUGCACUGCUUGUAAAGACCACCUCUCAGGCAUGUCGGUGCCGGCGCGAGCUCUGGGACUGCAGGAAGGCUACUCGCAGGAGCAGUGGGGCCCCUGGCGCAGCUUCGGCUUGCUUGUCCAGCAGGCGGUAGCAGAGUUGAGUUGGCAGGAGAGUGCCUCCCAGCUGAUCCAACUCUUCAAAGAGCAUGCCAAGAAGAAGGAUGGCUACCUGAGCAAGGAUGAGUUCAUCGCCGUUCUGCAGAAGUACCCUUGCUGCAACUCGGCCUACCACACGGUCUUCUUCGACCUCUUCGACCGGAACGAGGACGGCUUCUUGAGCGAAUCAGACUUCUUGGGUGGCAUGCUGGCCGUGAGCCCACUGACGCCGCACAAGCUGGAUUCUUCCUCCGGCCAGCUGAGGAUGCAGUUCAUCUUCUUGUACUACGAUCAGAACCGCAAUGGCCGCUUGGAGGUGGAGGAGGUGGCGAAGAUGAUUGAGCACAUUCAGCAGCUGCGGGGCGAGAGCCACGCAGAUGCGCUCGCCAACGCCAAGGCCCUGGUUUCAUACUACUCGGGCUCCUUCGGCUUCGCAGCCUUCUACGAUGCAGCGCAGAACAGGAUGCUGAACGGCACAUCCCCACUUCUGCGCACACAGCAGGACCUCCUCGAAGUCGUCAAGCAGCAGUCUGCCCCGCAUUCUCGAGCAGCUGGGUCUGACGACCUGGCAUCGCUCGCCUCACUCUCCGGCCCUGCCGCGGUGAAGGCGAGCGGCAACCUCAACGCUGCUGGAGCUAGCAAUGGCAUGCCUUCUCUGCCUUCGAAGGCGCUCUCGAGGUCUCGGGGGCUCUCCGAGUAUCGCUGGGGCGAGCAAGGUGCCGUGCAGGCCCUGGCUCUUCGAGUGGUGAGGAGCCUUAUGGACAUGUCCAACGAGAAGAAUCAGCCCAUGGCUGAAUGGAGGUACAACCUCCAGCUGGUCAGCACGCGUGAGUUCUACCUCCUGUGCGACACCGUGGUCGAGCUUCUCCGUCAGGAAGAUUCCUUGGUGGAGGUGCGCUUCCCCUGCCGGGUCUACGGAGACAUCCAUGGGCAGUUGCUGGACCUCCUGGAGUUCUUCAACGCCUUCUCCUGGCCGGACAAGCGUCGCGGGGACAUCUUCUCGAUGAACUAUGUGUUCUUGGGUGACUUCGUCGACCGAGGCGCCUAUUCGUGUGACGUCGUCUCCCUCCUCUUCUCGCUGAAGAUCCUCUACCCCCAGCGAGUCUUCCUGAUCCGCGGGAAUCACGAGGAUCGGCUGAUGAACGUGAACUACGGCUUCCACGCCGACUGUGCCAGGAAGUUCGGGCGGGAUGGCGACGCCAUCUGGGAGCGGGUCAAUGACGUCUUCGAGUUCCUGCCCAUAGCCGCCUUGGUGGAAGGAGCCAUCCUCUGCAUCCAUGGCGGGAUCGGCGACUCCAUCAUGUCCUUGGACGACCUGCGAGGGAUCCCCAAGCCGAUUCAGGUGGUCGGUGAGAUCAACGAAAGGACCACACGUCGUGACCGCAUGGUGCUCGAUGCGCUCUGGUCGGAUCCCACGGACAACGACCAAGUCCUGGGUGUUCAUGUCUCUCCCAGGGGCAAGAACACCUGCCGCUUCGGCCCAGAUCGUGUGCAGGACUUCAACCGUCGGAACUCCUUGAAGUUGAUCAUCCGCGCACACGAGUGCGUCCAGCACGGCUACGAGUACUUUGCCGCUGGCCAGCUCUUGACUGUUUUCUCAGCGACGAACUACUGCAACCAGCACGACAACGACGGUGCCAUGGUGGUUCUAGUGAAGGAUGACCGUACAGGGGAGGUGGUCGAACACGCUCAGGUUAUCAAGAGCGGCACGGUGGACACCUCCUAUGGUUGGAACGACCAGCAGUUUCGGGCGCCAUCGCCCAUGCGACGGACGGGGCGCUGA